ACAGUUGUCCUGCCCCUUGAUGAAGAAGCCGUAGAGAGAGCAAGAGGGGGCAGCUGAUUUCUCUCCCCGCAAGUACCAUUCUCUGCCAGGUUUCCUGCCCUCUUCACUGGACUCCUUCGCCGUGCCUCCGUCCCCAGCAAGGACCCCUGGAGGAUUCAUCCGGGCACAGGGGCGGAUCCUCUUGCAGCUGCCAUGGCCAGCAGCAGAGAUUUGGACAGCGAGCAGGUGGUGCCCGAUGAGGAGGACGAGGGACCGGACGUGAAGGCUGUGCAGGCCCGCUAUCUCCGCAGCCCCUCACCCAGCCGGUAUUCAGUGAUAUCAGACACUGAUACAGAGAGCAUCUUCAUGGAGCCAAUCCAUCUGUCAUCUGCUGUGGCUGCCAAACAAAUAAUCAAUGAAGAACUGAAGACAAAGGACGCCAAGGUAGAUUCAGCGUGUCCCAGGAUGUUAGAGUCUGCGCGGCAGCUGAUGGUGGAAGACCUGUACAACCGAGUUAAGGAAAAGAUUGAUGACACCAGCUUGUUCAACACGCCGUGUGUGAUGGACUUGCAGAGGGCACUUGUGAAGGACAGGCUGGAGACCCCCAGGGAUGCUGUGGAUGAAGUCUGGCCUAAUGUCUUCAUAGCAGAAAAAAGUGUUGCAGUGAACAAAAGCCGUUUGAAGAGACUGGGGAUCACACAUGUCUUGAACGCAGCUCAUGGUACAGGUGUAUACACAGGACCAGGUUUCUACAAUGGUCUGAAUAUCCAAUACCUGGGCAUUGAAGUGGAUGAUUUUCCAGAUAUGGAUAUCUCCAAACACUUCCGCCCAGCUGCAGAGUUCCUUGACGAAGCACUGCUGACUUACAGGGGCAAAAUCCUUGUCAGCAGUGAAAUGGGAAUCAGUCGCUCAGCUGUGCUGGUGGCUGCUUAUCUGAUGAUCUACCACCAUAUGACCAUUCUGGAGGCUCUGAUGACUCUGAGAAAGAAGCGUGCCAUUUAUCCCAAUGAUGGCUUUCUGAAACAGCUAAGGGAGCUCAACGAGCAAUUGUUGGAGGAACGAGAGUUGGAGCAUACUGGAGAUGAAGAAGUCACUCCUAGUCAAAGCCCUGUUGUCCAUGCUGGGACUUCCUCCCAGCUGUCUGGAGUUGGGGACUCAGAAAGCAUCAUGGGAGCCAAAGCCCACUCCAUCACAGUAGAAGAAGAGGACACCAGCAGCCUGCUGGGUAGUCUUAAGAGCUCUUCAUCAAUGGGAAAAACUAGCUGGGUUUCCAAACACUCCACCCUCAUCAGUGAGGAGGAAGAGGAACAGUUGUAUGAGGAAUGGAGGAAGAAACAAGGCCUGCCUGCAAAGGAACCAGGAGUUAACCAUGGAAGAAGAACAUCUCCAAAGCUUCUGGAUCAGGAAGGGGAACAAACUGAGGAGGAUGUGGAACAGAGGAUCCAUGACUGGCAGUGUAGAAAUGAGAAAUACCAUAUGGAGAGUCCACCCAGGGAGGAGGAUGGAGAUUCCAGCAUGGGAGGAAGACCUUACCCAUCAGGUGAAUUCAGUGAUGUUGAGAGCGUGAGCAGUUUUGAGAUCCGAACCCUAAAACAACAGCUGGAAGCCAGUAGCUUUAGCAGGAUGAGAUGCCGCACAGGCUCUGUGUCUUCAGAGAGCACUUGGGACAUGUGGAACCAGAGGCUUCUGGAGAUUGAGAAGGAAGCUGCUCAGAGGUAUCAUUCUAAGAAUAAAAAUUGUGGGGAGAGACAAUCCCCAGAAACAGGAAGAAAGGAGAGGGAUGUGGAUGAGGAGAGUGUGUUUUCAGACAGUAGCUCCUUUUACAAUUUUUGCCAAAAGAACAAAGACAAGUUAACUCCUCUAGAAAGGUGGAAGGUCAAGAGGAUCCAGUUUGGCUUUCACAAGAAGGAUUUAGAACCAUCAUCAUCUUCUGCACCAUCUCCAGCAGAAGAUGGCAGUCAGGCAGGCGGGGAGGGGACAGAAGGGAAGAGUUUGUCAGAUAUUAACCUGACUGCUUACCAGGCUUGGAAAAUGAAGCGGCAGAAGAAGGUGGGCAGUGAAAGCAAGGAGGAAUUUGUGGAGUUUGCCAAAAGUGAGGAUUCUGCUUCAGCUAAAAAGAAGCAGAGGCGUAUAGAGCUCCUUGAACGUUCAAAGAAAAUUUUAGAAGAAAGCCAGUCCAUGUGCAGCUGGGAGACAGACAGUACGAUGAGUGGGAGUAUCCCACUAUCAGCUUUCUGGCCCUCAGCACCUUCUGCAAGCGGUGCUGAGGAUGGAGCUUCUGUACUGAGCAUGCAGACAAAUCAUUCAUCUUUAUCACAGACCAGGAGCAGCACGGGGGCAAUGCAGCCUCAGAUGCCAAGUAUAUCCCUUCCCAGUCUCCCAGUUGGCCCAGGUGACACAAUAUCCAUGGCAAGCAUUCAGAACUGGAUUGCUAACGUGGUCAGUGAAACCAUUGCUCAAAAGCAAAAUGAGAUCAUGAUGCUGUCCCGUCCAUCAUCUGCAAUGGCCUCCAGUGUAAUGUCAGGAGACCUUGGCAGGCGUGUAGAUGAUGAUAAGGUUUCUCUUCUCAGUGCUCAGAGUGGCUCAUCUCUUGCUACCUCUCAGCUUCGCCAGCAGGACAUGCAUAGGGCUGAGUCUCAGUCUGUCCUGUCUUGCAAUACCUCAGUGAGUGCAAGGACAGAAGGGACUAGUUCAAACAUGAAGACAACACAGACAAGCAAGCCACUGUACAGCCUCUUUGCUGAUGAUGUUGACCUAAAGAAACUCAGGAGGAAAGAGAAGGAGAUGCAAAUGGAAAUGAGAGAGAAAAUGUCAGAUUAUCAAAUUGAAAAGGUGAUCAGAGACAAUAAACGCAGCACUUUAUUUAAAAAAAAGAUGACCAAAGGAGAGCAAAAUGAAAUAGAAGAUGACAGAGAGAGUACAACAAACAGCCACAGGCGCCCCUUGCAAGCAGAUCUUGACAGAAGUGAUACAGUCUUUGAUCUGUCCAGUCAGCCUGCAGACACAGGUGCACUCGAGUCAGAGAUAGAGACUGAUAUUACCAAGUGGCUCAGUAGCCUGAAAGCAGAAAGAGAACCACCAUCAUACUAUGAUCAAAGUGAGAAGGCUAGAGAGAAAUAUAGCAGAUCAUCCAAAGUUAGAGAGAUGGAUUCUGAAACAUCCAGUUACAGAUUCUCCAGAUCCCAAAGAGAAGAGCUAGACAGCUGUUCUUCCUAUGAGUCAAAAGGAGAUUCACUGAGAACCAUGUCAAGAUUUUCCUCUGCUUCUGCAAAGGAGGAUAAAAAGAUGUAUACAUUCACAAGGUCAAGGGUCAGCGAGACAACAAGUUCCAGAGAAAAGAGCCCAGAGCUGCAUGUUUUCAGCCAAACACCUGAACCAUCCUUUGACUCUGAAUCCCCUGAACCAUCUACACAGAGUCGAGUUAGAUCUCGUCAUGUGGAGGCAUGUGAAGAGGAGGCCAGGUCAGACAUGUCAGAAUUUGGAGCUAAGAGAAAGUUCACCCAGAGCUUUUCAAAGUCUGAAGAGGAUGGAAAGAAGGAGGCAAAAGUGGAACAAAGUGAAGAAAGAUUUGCAUCUAGACAGUUCUCUCAGUACAGACGAAGCAUGCGUAAAGAAGAGGAAGAAGAGAUGGAUGAUGAUGCCAUUAUCGCUGCUUGGAGAAGCCGCCUAGAAGAAACGACAGCAAAGCUCCGGCGGAGAAGGGAAGAGUGACCACGAUCAGAUUAUAGGAACACAAGCAGAGCCACAGAGUCCCUGAAUCACUCAUCAUUAUAUUUCUGAUAAUCCUUUGUGGUUUGUAGGGCAUUUCCUGCAGAUAGUUCUCUUCUUAAUCAAAAGCGAUAAAGGGAAGAGGUCAAGUUUUGGAAGUGUUUGUGGUUUGUCAGAAAGAAGAUGCUAGUAUUAAAUGAUCAAUGUAGGUAGGAACACAAUGUUAGAAGCCAUUAGGAGCCAGACAAUGUUUCAGCAGUAAAAGCAAGUAAUGGUGGUACCUCAAUUCAAAAGACCAAUCACAUCCCAUUUUGGUUAUUUCAAUUUCCUAGUCUCGUUAAAGACUGGACAUAUUUUUUCUAGGAUCUUUUUGAUCAUAAAUGGAAGAAGCCAACAGCCUUUUCUAGGAACUUGAAGAAUGUUCCUCUCUUAAUCAGUUUUACUUUAUACCACUGAGAAGAUAUUGCCAGGUAGGCUCCAUUUUUCUGCACCAAUCUUAUGAAUGUCUACAGAAAUAGACAGUUCAGGGGAAUACAUGUACUGUUUUACUUCACUAAGUAGCAGAAGCAGAGUGAAAUACUAGAAAAAAGAUGCCUCCUUCUUUUCAGAAGUUCAAUGCAGUAAUGAAUGUAGUCCUGUGGUACCAUUGUUUUCUAUUAGAUGGAGUCAUCUCUGCUCCAGUAUGGUUGGCUCCUCCUAAUAACUUUGGAUCGACAAAGGAAAAAUCCAGUAAUAUUAGCAGCCUUCUAAAAAUUAUGUUCUGAUCUAGUUAGAGAUGGAGUUAGGGUUAGGAUUAAUGUUAGGUUAGGCUGGGUUUCUGAAGUACUGACUUCCGUUUGCUUUAUGUAUGCAGCUCAGCUAAGUCUGUGCUUUUAUGUCUGUAGUCAGAUUGUCAUGUAUUAAUUUUCAACAUGAUUGCCUUAAAAGAAAAGAGUGAUACACAAACUGACCUCAUAAUAAAACGAUGUAUAACCAAAGCGUUGGUAUAAGGCACCAUGCACCUAAGGACGGAUUGUAUGUCUGUUGAAUGCGGUACUUGGAAGCUCGUUUUUAGGAGAUGGUAGGUUUAGCUGAUGUGUUACAGUUAACGUGUUGUUUGUAUCACAAGCUACAGAGCCCACUUUGCAGAGCGAGUGGAAGGAGAACAAUCUCCAUGUUAACUGAGUACACCAAGUUAAGAGCCUCAGGUCUUUCCAUGCCCUGCAGAGCCUCGUGAGCUUGUGUGACAGGACCUGCCAGGCCUGCCACAGCAUCACUUGUGUGGCUCGUAUGACGCUGUGUCUUUGACACAUCAAAGCACCCAACUCUUUGUCACCAGUCAACACCCUCCACCUCUCUCUUAUAAACAUGCAGGCCAGUUUCUCCUGAUUUCUACUUUGGAAUAAUCUGUUCCCUCUUCUGUAUAGACUGCAUUUUGAAACAACAAAACCCUCUGGCAGAGCUGAGUAUAAAACAACAGUGGAGGAAGGAUGCAGUAUUGCGCUCUCAGGAAGUUUUGUCUUCCUUUUUCUUGUCAUCUCUCCUCCCUCCCACUGUGAUGCUUAGAGCUCACUAUUACUAUUAUGCUAGUACCUCUCCCUAUUUUAAUUGUGUAAUACAGACAGUAAGCUCCACAGGGCAAGGGCCUGGUCUUUGUCCUUGUCUGUAUGACGCCAAGCACAUCAGCAAUGCUAUCUAAAUAAUGGUUACUGAUAACAAAAUGCAGCUGCCAAUUUUCCUAAACUUAGAAUCAUUUCUCUCAACUAUAACUCACUGAUUAGACAUUAUCCCUGCUUCUCUGAAGAUAAAGAUGACUCUUUCUGACAGUCAGGACUAGGGUAAAUGAUAGCUACUUAUUGUCAGGUGAAUGGAGUCUCAAAAUCAGGUGAUUGAACAAUAACAGGGGUAGAAAAAUAAGAGAAAGAACAUA